AUGCUUUUACCAAACCAACGAAUACUUGCAGUCCUAAUCCAAAAAGAUUCGUAUAAUUACAACUACCAAAAGCAUGAACCCUCAGGAUUUUGUUUUUAUAUAAAAGGAGUAGUAGAUACAAUAUUUGAACCAAUUAUUUACACAAAAACUAAAGACAGUGAUGAUGUAGCUAAGAUAUUUGUUGAUAAACUUGCAAAAGUAACCAAUAAGAUAUAUAAUGAUUUUUAUCGUAGACCAAUACCUCUUAGACUAACACGAGCCGAACAAAAAUCAUUUGAUGAAGCUGAAACCUGUCAUAUUUGUAAGAAAGAAUUAUUAGAUGAUAAAGUUAGAGAUCAUUGUCAUUUUACUGGUCAGUACCGUGGUGCAGCUCAUAACAGUUGUAAUCUUCAGUGUCGAAAGCUAAUGAUUCUUCCAGUUAUAUUUCAUAAUCUUCAAGAAUAUGAUGCUCAUUUGUUUAUAAAACAACUUGCUUGUUUACCAGGUGAGUUAAACUGUAUUCCAUCAACAGAGGAAAAAUAUAUUUCCUUUUCUAAAAAGAUUAAAGUUGAUGAGUACAGGUCUAGACGCAAUGGAGAAAUGAUUCCAUUAUAUUUUGAAAUACGAUUUAUUGAUUCAUUUAAGUUUCUUCAAACAUCACUUGCUAAUCUAGUUGGAAAUAAUUUACAACCAGAUGAUUUUCAUAAUACAAAACAAAUAUUUAAGGAAAAUGUAGGCCUACUAACUCGUAAGGGAGUUUAUCCUUAUGACUAUGUUUCAUCAUUUGAAAAACUAUCCGAAACACAAUUACCUCCAAAAGAAGAAUUCUAUUCAAAGCUAAAUGAUGAAGACAUAACUGAUGAUGAUUACCAAUAUGCUAAAAAUGUAUGGAAUACUUUUGAAUGUAAAUCAAUAAGAGAUUAUCGUAAUCUUUACCUAAAGUCUGAUGUCCUACUUUUAUCAGAUGUAUUUGAAAACUUUAGAAAAACUUGUUUGAAACAUUAUAAUCUAGAUCCAGCUCAUUAUUACACAUCUCCUGGACUUGCUUGGGAUGCAUGUCUCAAAGAAACAGGCCAAGAAUUACAACUGUUGCAUAACUAUGAUAUGUUGAUGAUGUUUGAGCGAGGUAUUCGUGGUGGAAUAUCUCAUAUAUCAAAAAGAUAUGCAGUAGCAAAUAACAAAUAUAUGAAAAAUUACGAUCCUAAUGAGGAGUCUAGUUAUAUUCAAUAUCUUGAUGCAAACAAUCUUUACGGAUGGGCAAUGUCACAACAACUUCCAACACAUGGAUUUAAAUGGAUGAGAAACCUAACAAAAGACACUGUAAUGGAUAUCUUGGAUAAAGCAAAUCAUAGUAUGUCAAAUCGUGGAAGAAAAGGAUAUAUAUUUGAAGUAGAUUUGGAAUAUCCUUCAAACCUGUGGGAAUCACAUAAUGACUAUCCACUUGCACCUGAAAAGAUGAUUGUUAAUGGUGUUGAAAACCUAAUUUGUCAUUUUAAACCAAGAAAAAACUAUGUUGUACAUUAUCGGAAUUUCAGGCAAUAUCUUGAGAUGGGCAUGACAAUAACUGCUGUUCACAGAGGAAUAUCAUUCUAUCAAAGUUCUUGGAUGGAACCUUACAUAAGAAAAAAUACAGAACUUCGAAAAACAGCAGCCAAUAGUUUUGAGAAAGACUUUUUCAAACUAAUGAAUAAUUCCGUAUUUGGAAAAACAAUAGAAAACAUAAGGAAAAGACAGAAUAUAUUUCUUAUUGAUGAUCGUAAGAAAGCUGCCAAACUAUCAAGUCGUCCAAACUUUGAUAGAGCAACAAUAUUUGAUAAAAAUCUUAUUGCGGUUCAUAUGAAAAAAACAGAAGUGUAUUUUAACAAACAAGUAUAUGUUGGACAAGCAAUACUUGAUCUGUCAAAAACAUUAAUGUUUGAUUUUCAUUAUAACUAUAUUCAGAAGAAAUAUAAACACAAGGCUGAGUUAUUGUUUACAGAUACCGAUAGCUUGAUGUUUCAGAUUUACACAGAUGAUUUUUACAAAGAUAUACCCUGUGAUAUAUUAGAGAAGUUUGACACAUCUGAUUAUCCUCCUAAUCAUCCAUCUGGAAUACCAACAGGAGUUAACAAAAAAGUAAUAGGGAUGUUUAAAGAUGAAGUAGCAGGAAAACAAAUAACUUGUUUCGUUGGAUUGCGACCCAGACUUUACAGUUUUAGAAUUGAAGAAGAUAAAGAAGUACGUAAAUGUAAAGGAAUAAAGAAAAAUGUUAUAAAAAAGAAAUUAGAUUUUGAUGACUAUGUUCAAUGUUUAUUUUUGGGUAAAAAACAAAUGAGAAAAACGAAAAUAAUAAGAAGUGAAAAUCAUGAUAUAUAUUCAAAAGAAGUUAACAAAAUAGCUCUAAGUAAUGAAGAUGAUAAACGCACGGUGAUUGAAGACAAAGUGAAUACGAUGGCUUUAAGAUAA